AUGUCCAGCCUCGAGAUCAACGGCAAAGAUUUUAUGAAGCUCAAGGACAAAGUCAUAUUGAUCACAGGAGGCUCCUCCGGCAUCGGCCUGGGGGUCGUCAAGCUUCUGUUAUCCAUCGGUGCUCGUGUGACAAGUGUCGAUCUCACUGCCCCACCGGCCUCUGAAGAUUUUACUUCACAAUCGCCUACAUUCACGUUCGAAAAUUGCAAUGUCUGUGACUGGAAAGCCCUUCGAAGUGUUUUUUCACGAGUAGUGGAGCGGGAAGGACGGCUUGAUUCAGUUUUUGCAAAUGCCGGCGUAAAUCCUCGCACGCGAUUCAUAGAUGAUGAGAUCGAUCCUACCGACGGCCAAUUGAAAGAACCGGAUUUGUCAUGUCUCGAGACAAAUCUGUAUGGUGUAAUUUCUACGGUUAAGCUGGCAGUGCAUCACAUGCGAGCUCGUGAGAUUCAAGGCAGCGUUGUCAUCGCAGCGUCUGUGUCGUCUUGGACGAGAUUCGGAGCAGUGGAUUAUACGACAUCAAAGCAUGCUGUGUUAGGUUUUAUGCGAGGAUUGCUUCCGCAUACCUCCAGAUUGCCCUUCCCCAUUCGGAUCAACUGCAUUGCUCCAAACUGGACGAAGUCUGGUCUGGUCACUGAAGAAAUAGUUGCUCCCACAGGCUUUAGCCUGAGUACUCCUGAAGAGGUCGCGCGGUCAGUUGGGCUUCUGAUGACAGACGAAGACCGAAACGGGGAAGUAAUCUUCGUCGAUGGCGGAAGGUGUUGGGAGAUCGGGAAAACACUUGAGGGGGACGGAGUUGGGAGAUUUGUUGGCCCGACAAUGCCGCCCGGGACUUCCGGCCGCACACACUGGGAACAGUAUAUAGAAUUUUGUCGUAGGAUGAAUAUGGCACUUGGAAUAAUGUAG